UCCACUGAGCUGGGUCCCUAUUGGUCGCUGUGAUCUGAGAUAAUGAGAAUGUGACUCUGUGACAUCACAGCUGAGCGAGCCCCGCCCAUCGCCAUCGCAGGCCGUGAUGUCAUCAUCCAGCCUGGCGAGGAGGUGACGCUGAACGGGAUCCAGAGCCUGGCGCUGGGCGACGCCCACCUCACCAACUACCACUGGACCCAGCUGAGUGGAGGCCCCGCCCGUAUGCAGGAGACUGACCUACCUGACCAGGUGCGUCUGUCCGGCCUGUUGCCUGGCGACUACUACUUCUUCCAGCUGACCGUCACCGACUCCAACGACCAAUCACACGCCGCCAAGGUGGCGGUGCUGGUCCUCAGCCCCGAGCAGUCCAGCUUGUUCUGUCGUGCUCCCCUGAAGGUGGGUCCGUGCCGUGCGGCGUUCCCUCGCUGGCGCUACGACGCGGCGGCCGGCGUCUGUCAGCGGUUCGUGUUCGGAGGCUGCAAAGGAAACAAAAACAACUUCCUGUCUGAGGAGGAGUGUUUGUCCGCCUGCAAAGGAGUCACAGAGUCGUCGGUGAGGAUGAUCGCUGCUAGAGAGAUGUGUGGGCAGGUGUGUGGUCCUGGUCAGCUCACCUGUGGCAGCGGCUGCUGUCUGGACAGAAGUCUGGAGUGUGACGGCGUGGCGCAGUGUGAAGGCGCAGGAGACGAGGAGCACUGCAGCAAACUGAACGAGUCGUUCAGUCGGCUGCUGGAGAUCGAUGUGAACCAGAGGAAAGCGCGCUGUGCCGAGCCCCCCUCCACCGGGCCGUGCCGCGCCAGCAUGACCCGCUGGUACUACGACCCUCUGAACAGGAAGUGCUCCCGCUUCACCUACGGAGGCUGCGGAGGAAACGACAACAACUUCGAACAUGAAGAACCCUGCAGCGCCACCUGCCAAGGGGUCACCGAGAAGAAUGUGUUCUUUAAAGGUGUGUUCAAUCGUUACGGGACAGAAGACGAAAACGAAAGUGACGCAGGUGACAACUCAGGUAACGUAGCGCUGGCCGUGUGUCUGGCGGUGGCCAUCUUGGCUCUGCUGGCGGUGCUCGCCUACUGUUUCCUCAAGUCCAGGAAGGAGCGCUCCCAUAGGCCGGCGGCCCCAAGCCCCGCCCCCCUCGCCGCCGUCGCCAUGGCGCCGUCAGAGCAGGACACGCUGGUCUACUCGCCCACCACCAAGCCCGUCUGACGUCACCACGGCUGUUUGUUUGUUUGUUUGUUUGGGUUCCUAUAUUUAAUAGUUGUGUGUGUUCUGGGUCUCAGGUUGUUUGUUUGUUUUUACAUUAUAAUGUUUGUUUGGACGUCAACAGGAAGUUGUUUGUGUUGUUGUGAUCUCAGGGUGUUUUUAAUGUUUAUGACCUCAGUUUGAUAAUAAAGUCACAUGUAAACAACAACAGCUGGUUCUGUUUGUUCUCUCAACAAUAA